CCACACCUUCUUCUGGGCGGUGGAUCCGACUUUGCAGCAUCCCCCUUGGCAGCCCCAGGAAGAUUUCUGGCUGCGUCAGCCAAAAUUCCUCCCGGGGACUGUGCUGCAAUGCAGACACCACACCCCGCUGGUGCUGCUCAGCUACAGACCAGCACCGCCGAGGGCUUUCCUCCUCCUCCUCCCUAUUAGCCCCGAUGAUUUCAGGUUGGCCGGCAUCACCUCCUCGGGACCGCAGUGCCCACAGCGGGUGUCGGUGAGGCAUCGCUGGCGUUCGGCGGUGCGGCUGCUGCCCACAGAAGCGCUCACUCCUGCGGGGACCAGCGGGUUUCAGAUUUCAUUUCCCUCGCACGCUACACCCCAAUUCCAGACACUUUCUGGCUCCGCCGCUGCAUGGACACAGAGCAUGGGUCCUUCGCCGUAUCCAGCACAAACAGACAGCUCCAGGGAGUGGAUCAUGAAGACGUCAGUUUUAUUUUGGCUUUGCAUCUCGGUUUUCCCCGGCUUUUCCCAGGGCAGAGUUGUUGGGGAGGACGAGGCUGGUUUUGCUGAGUGUAAUGUGUUUUUCCCCGGACAAGUCCCACCAGAAGGAUUCACUGAGCCUUUCCACGUGAAAAUCUGUCAGCAGUACAACAGGGAGCCGCGCUUUGCAACCCUCUACAGUACCAAGGACAAAAUCCCUCUUUAUUCGGCUUUUAAAUACACAAAAGCAGCCCAAAAUGAGGAGGAGAGCUGGCUGGUCGAGCCACAGAUAGAUGACCCAGACAAUGACCAGCACGAGAUGGUGCUCGAAGCUGAUCUCCUUGGCACGGUGGCCAACCUUGGUGCCAACCAAGCCCUGACCUCAGACUACGUGGGCUCUGGCUACGAGCGAGGGCUGCUGAACCCCAGCUUGCUCAACGAGGAAGACUUCCAGAUGGCCACCUACACGCUCACGAAUGCCGUCCCCCUGAGUCCCUCUCUGAGCAAAACCUGGCACAGAGACAUCGGGAGGGUGGUGGAGCAAGCCCUGGCCCCUCACUGCUCCAAGAAGGACCAUCUGUAUCUCCUUGCGGGCGCAAUUCCUUCCAGCGUCCGAGUCAAAGGCAAGGUGUCGGUGCCCGAGGCGCUGUGGCUGGCAGCGUGCUGUGACGCUGCAGAGGGAUGGUCUCUAGGGCUGGUGAAAAAAAUCAGCGAUGAAAACAGUUUGGCAGACCUCACGGUGGGCGAGCUGGAGAAGCAGCUCCUAGCGGGGGUUGACCUGUUCAAGGGCAACUGUGGAGAAGACAACAAAAACAAGGAGAAAGUGGAAGCAAUACUGCAAGCUGUCGGUCAGAUCCGGUCCGGAGGACAAGUGGGAGCAAAUGACAGCCAGGAGUCCAAGGAGAGUGGCUUGGUGAGAAAAGUGGCUGGCAUCAUUGCCACCCCUUUCAUCAAACUUCUGGAACUCCUCAUCUACCUGUUUGUGGAGCUGGUGAAGUUUACGUUUUAUUUCCUGUGGCUUGUUAUCAAGCGGGUUGGCAGCACAGUUCUGGACGGAGUCUACAGCCUGUGGAACGGGGUGGUGUCCUACCUCAAAGCCAUCAGCAUGGUGCUCAUCAGCAUCCCCUACGACUUGGGAAGGGUUGUCACCAACAUCUUCCUGGGCUUUCUGGAAAUCGUCCAAGACGUGGCGUUCCUCACCUACAGGAUUCUGCGCAUCCCCGUGGGAUUUGUCCUUCACCUCGCUUCUUUCCCUUACUACUCCAUCUGUGCCAUCCCCUCUGUCCUCAAAGACCUGGCUGCUGGGAUCGGUGGCACCUUCUCGCUGGCUGUUGAUGCCACAGCCACGCUUCUGCACGGCUUUUACUACGUGGCUAGCCACAUAGCCAAGCGGUUUGUCCCUAAGGGCUCCUCUGGUGACUGACAGGGGUAAAAAUCAAGGCUGCAAAGACGUGAAGUGAAAGAGGAGCUUUAAGAUACGUGGCCAAACACUGUCAAUUGCGUUCUGGUA